AUUCCGAACACCUCACCACACCUGCACACCAGCUGACCUCUCUGGAGAGUGGUGUGUCCAGCAGCGCUGAUAAAGUGUCACCAGCCAGUCUCUUUGCCGCUGAAGAGUCCUCCAAGUACACAUCGUCAAAGUACGUGGUGGACGGUUUUGAGGUUCCCGCCACUGAGAACACUCGAGACGACGACGGCAACCUGUACACGGAGUCUAAGCAUGAUGCUUCACACAAACAACAGCUGUACCUGGCGCCGCCCGAGGAUAAACAACAACAGAAACAACAACAACAAAAUCGGCCUUCAGGCGGCAGCAGCCGCGGUAACUCGACGUUUCGCGAAGUUAGCAAUCUCACCGGCAACGCUGCAUCCGCUUCAAGCACAGUAGCAGCUUCCACUUCAAGCUUGGAAAAGACUGACAAGAAUGCGUUUCAGAAGCGGAACGACUACGACCCCUACUGGGCAAUAGGCUACAGCAGCAAUCAGCAGAACAGCCACAACAAUCACAACAAUCCCUUUAUGAUUGAGCCAGUUGAGCAGCAGCCCAAGUCGUACAUUCGCCACCGUCCUCAGAGUGAGCCCAGUGGCCUGUUGAUAGCCACUAAUGUGAAUCCGUAUCUGAACAACAAACAACAGCCGAACAGUCAGUCUGAGUCGUACUACGUCUACGACAGCUCUCCGCCGGAGUCAUCAUCGUCGCCUUACCGAUCCCGUUACCAGCAUCGCUAUCAUCACAACCAUCACAACCAGCACCAGAACUCAAGGCGACCAGAGCCCGAUCUGGGCAGUCUGCAACUGACGGCAGCCUUCAGUCCACAGUCUCGCCCAUCCCCACAACAGCAGUCCNUCAGUCUGAGUCACGUUCUCCUGUCCUCUGUUAACUAUGGCUCCCCCUCCUCUUCAUCUUCAUCUUCAUCAAGCAAUCGACCAAUUGAACUGGCUAAGCCACAUCGCCGCAAAGUACCUGAAGUGUACAUCGAGGUGAUCUCAGCCGAUAAUUUGACUGCACCAUACUCGAUACUGACAGAUGGUGGCAGUGGUAAUGGCGGUGGUGGUCUCCGAUCUUCUGCCGAUCAAUCACUGUACAUGGUCGAUUCGAGGCCAAUGAAGCGACUUAACUAUGAAAUCAAUGAACGACUGCUGGCGCCGUUUAAACAGCGAGAGCUCGGCAGUGAUGGAGGACAGAUGGUGAAUUGGCUGGAGAAACCAGUCCUCUCCAGCGUCGCCGGCGUCAAUCGGUACAGUCACCAGCCGAUGUACCACACUGUUUCACCCUCUUCUUCAGGUAGUGGUAGCUAUCGAAAGAAGGUCGUUCGCAAGAAGAAGGUCAGCCGCGGGCCAUCGACGGGCAUGGCCGUCAGCUCCUCUACUAACCUCUACGGUCACAGCUCCACUCAGCUGCUGACCGGGGCCAUGGUGACGAAGCCAGGCGGCAGACAGCGACAGCAGAACAGUCGAUCACAAUCAGCAGCUUCCUUUGUGCCACCGAAGAUGGUACAGCAGCCAAAGGCAGUCGUCACCUCACCUCCGCCGACGUACACGCCGGAGCACAACAGCGCCGGGCACAAUGUCGAGCUGAGCGGAUGGAGACCGGUCACUCCGCCGCCGUCCAUCUUUGGCACUCCAACGACUCCCUCUCCACUGUUCAGCUACCACACAAGUGGUGGCCAGAAAUUGACAUCCUCAGUAGAGUACUACAUUGAGCCGGCCACCAGUCCAGCACCACCGCUGUUUUCCGCAUCGCCACCACCAAAGACCACUUCCCGAUCGCCUGAGCAAAUGAGCACUGUGGAGAUCGGCCCCAAAACGGUGACCUUUGACUUUAAGGACGCCCUCAAGGCGACCUAUGAUUCACUGGCAAAGCCGGACAAGCUGCCGGUGUCCCAUGGACGAGUGCACAAGAAGCCGAAGCACGGCAUUUUCCCAUCUAGUGCCUCCUCGCCCUAUCGAGUGAAGUACAGCACCUCAAAGCCGAAACAGCAGCCGCACCACCCAUCUUCAUCAAACUCCGUCGCCGCCCACUACAAUCGCUACGUGGUCAUUCCGCAGAACAACCAGAGCGCCCUAACGGUCAUGAUUGAGUACCAGAACGUCUCAACGCCCUCCGUUGUUGAGCGGUCUCGCUUUGGUCUGGGCGACGCCAUUGUCAACAAACUGAUCGACAGCUCCAAUACUGGGCGCAACAAGUUCUCCUAUGACAUAUCUCGAAUUGUGACCACUGAGUCACCUCCUCUUCCACCACCACCACCACCUCCAUCAUCCCCACUCUCUUCUGCGCCCAUUCGCGACACCCUGGAGGACUUUAUCAAGAGGGCAAUCGAUCCAAAGAUCAGCAGUUACAGCACUUCACAUCAGCAGCCCAACUACACACAAGGUCGAUCUUUUUCUUCAAAUGUGCCCAACUACAUUGACACUCAGGUGAUCACACUGGACGACGUGGCCAGGGCACCGCCCCCACAACGACCACUACGGAUCAAUAAUGGACAGCGAAGAGCAAGAAAGUACCGUCCACUGAUCAGUCUGAACCAGACAACGCCUGCUGCUGCUAACAUUCCUUCUUCACCCUCUUCACCCACGCAAUCCACUUCAUCAAACCAGCACGGAGGAGCAGCAUUCACCUCCCAGCGACUAGCUACCGUCAGUCCACUGGAGACGUACCACUACUCUGAGCACAGUCAGAAGGGCUCAAUCAACCUGAAUGAGCCCAACACCAUUUACGUGUACCAGUCGCCGAAGACGAAUGAAGUGAACGAGCAGAACACCGGAAGGACCGUCCUUCCCAACAACAACAUCUUCACGACUACCUCAGUUGGCGACAGUGGUCAGCCACAGUCUCGAGGAGUGUACAAUUUUGGAGCGAAUGGCAACAACAACAACAACAAUGGAAACAACCCGGCAACACAGGCCCCGCCACCUUUGCCCACACGACCAAUGACCACUUCUCGGGCGAUCAGUGAGGUGGAGUACGAGAUGGUGCACGACUUUGUGCAGACGCUUCCGGUCACAUCAACAACCACCAGCAGACCGCCAUCAUCUCGCACCUUUGCCACUGUACAGCCUCGGUUCAAAAUUUCCAGAGCCGAAACGACUGUUGCACCAACUACUACGACCUCGACGAGCACUACCACUUCUACGACAACUUCGACAACGACCACCACUUCGACGACCACUCCUGCGCCAUCCUCCACAACAGACUCCUACGGCUACUACGAGGACUACGAUAAAGACUACGGCGACUACGACUACAAGCUGAUGGGCAACAAAACUAGCGUUCUUUCCUCGCCUAGCUCUACGACAACGACCACGACAACCACAACGCCUGCACCGUCAACGAUUGCACCGUAUAAUUACAGACGCUUCAAUGUUACAAGCAAACCACUGCUGUACCUUUCCAACCGACCACGGCCAACGAAUCGCCGUCUGGUGAUCAAGGACUCAAGCGCCAAUCAGCAGGUAGUGCUCGCCUCUCGGCCGAAGGCCAUGUACCAGCAGCCAAAGGCGCUAGUGAUGGCGAGCAAGUGUGAAAAACGAAAGUGCCGCCUGCCUGACUGUCGCUGCGGUGGCUCGGACAUUCCGGGCGAUCUGCCCAACAAGCAGAUUCCACAGCUGGUCAUGCUCACUUUUGACGACGGCGUGAACGACCUCAAUUGGGAUCUCUACGAGGAGCUGCUCAAUUCAGGUCGCAAGAAUCCGAAUGGUUGCCCUCUAAAGGCAACCUUUUACGUCAGCCAUGAAUGGACUGACUACGGCCAGGUUCAGACGCUUUACUCUCGAGGUCAUGAAAUUGCAUCGCAUACCAUUUCCCAUCGAUUUGGAGAAAAAUUCACCAAGGACGAGUGGAUCAAAGAGGUCAACGGCCAACGAGAGAUUCUGAAUCUCUACGGUGGCGUCAAGUUUGAGGAUAUACGAGGCCUCCGAGCUCCAUUUUUGCAAACCGGCGGGAACAACAUGUUUGAGAUGCUCUACCAGAUGAACUUUACCUACGACUCUUCGUUGCCAGUUCAGGAAAACAGUCCACCCUACUGGCCGUACACACUGGACUACGCAUUGUCGCACAGCUGCAACAUUCCGCCCUGUCCUACGCGCAGCUUUCCAGGCAUCUGGGAGAUUGGCAUGGUCAUGUGGUCUGACCUGCGCGGCGGUCGCUGUUCAAUGGGCGACGCCUGCACUAAUCCCUCCGACGAGGCGGGCGUCUAUGAGAUGCUGCUGAAGAACUUCAACCGGCACUACAAGUCCAAUCGGGCGCCCUUCUCCCUCUACUACCACUCUGCCUGGUUCAACACACUGCACCACAAGAAAGGCUUCAUCAAAUUUCUCGACGAGAUACUGCAGAACGAGGACGUGUACCUGGUGACCGCCUGGCAGGCCUUGCAGUGGGUCCGCGAGCCAACGCCCCUCUCCAAGCUGUCCUCCUUUGAGCCGAUGCAGUGCAAAAAACCGAAACCGGUGGCCGAGUGCACCCGACCGAAGGUGUGCAAUGUCAGCUCAAAACAGGGCUCCCGGACGCUGCGCACCUGUCAGGAGUGUCCCUCUACUUAUCCGUGGAUCGGCUCCACUGGUUUCUCUAAGGCCAAGUACGGCUAG